AUGGAUGGGCCCAAACAUUCAUUAAGCCCGUCCUCGGCGGCAAAGCCCCGAAUUCCGUACGCCUGUGAGGCCUGCCGUGCCGCAAAGGUGAAAUGUACACCCAGCAACACACCAGAGAUCUGCAGACGGUGCUCCGUCUCGAAACGCGAAUGUAUCUUCAAGACGGGCCCACGCAAGAGGAGGAGACGCGACAAGCUUCACCCAGCUGCUACUAGGAAGACACCACCACCUUCAGCCCCCUCCAGGACCUUCACCAUAGAUGUCCCGAUGGCAGGUGAGUAUGACGCCGAGACGGAGCCCUUAGAGACAAUCGACGCACUCAGGGACGCCCAUGGCACUUAUCUCGAUGAUCUUGUCCCCGAAGACGAUCUAGCCGGGGAUGAAGGCGCCCACCUCUUUGGUCAGCCCUCCUCUUCGGCGAGCGGCACAGGGACGUUUUCGGCGUCGACGCCAUCGGUCAGUUCCCGUUCUGUCCAUGGAAUCAGCAGUAUACAGCCUCAAUUCAAUCUUGACUCCGCUACGUCCCUCUUGGACUCGUUCCGAAACGGCAUGCUGCCUUAUUUUCCUGUCAUCGUCCUCCCGGCAGAUGCGACGGUCCCGUCCUUGGCCAAGGAAAAGCCUUUUGUGCUACUGGCCAUACUGGCUGCGGCCAGUGGAGGAAAGAGUAUGCAGGGACACAGUCUCUAUUAUGAGGAGUUCCGCAAGGUACUAGGUAUGAAGUUCGUCAGUGGUGGAGAGAGGAGCUUGGAACUGUUGCUUGGGCUGUUGAUCUACUGCGCGUGGUAUCCUUUCCAUUUGAGACCGAAACAGAAACAAGCCUCGCAGUACAUCCGGAUGGCAACCGAUAUCGUCCACGACCUAGAUCUCAACCAAGCUCCUGAAGGUUUUAAUCAUGCCAGUGUCGAUGCAGACGACGAUUUGCUGGCUGCGACCUGCUGUGAUACCCUCGAGAGGACCGGGAAGAACCAAGGCACAACAGCCGACCAGUGUCUGGCUUGGCUGGCUCGGCUCGGAAACAUUUUCGAGGAGGCUUCAUCAUUGACCCGGCGUAAAGGACUGAUGCAGCACGAGGCCCAGCAUGUGCUGCUAAUGGUCAAAGGCAUGGAAGCGCAGCUACAAGAGUGGAACAGCCGUAUACCUGUCGAUGUAUCUUCGAAGCCUGUCUUCCACAUUGCCAAGCUAUUCACCGAAAUAUUUCUCCGUGGCUACUCUCUCCUUAGGUUUCCGUAUUACAACUCACAAAAGCAAGGUCAGCCAACCACAGACGCCGAUCCAGAUAGGCUGUUGUCUUGCGCCAAUCUUCUGCGGCCUUGGUACGAUUACCUUUCCUCCCUGCCCGCCUCGGAAUUCGCCAAUUUUUCAGCAAUAGAUUGGGGCCACUUCGUCGCGGCGGUCAUCCUCGGACUCCGACUGUCAUUACCCCUUCCCAGAGACUGCCCCUCUUGGGACCACACUGCAGCUCGUGAGAUCAUCCGCCUCGGGUCAUUCCUGGAGAAAUUCACGGACGGCGUAAGUGAUACUGCAAGCCUGACGCCGGCCUCGAGCAAGACGACGUCCAGCACUGAUGUAUUGUCAGCGAGCAAGGUCGUGCUUGGUGUCGUCAAGCGCAAGUAUGAGAAGCGUCUUGCGACGUUGGAGAAGGCUGCUUCAAUGCAGCCGCCCCAUCCGAUGCCUCUUGACGUCGACCUUGGGCUGCGCAAGUGCCCGAUGUUCGACGGGAGUCUUGAUACGUACAUAGAGACAUGGGAUGACAGUUUCUUGGACCCGUCGAGUCUCACAAAUGCUACGUUGAUGAAUUCUGGGCUGAGUGCCGUGCCCGGGAUCGGCUCCACCUCCGACACACAACCGAUGGUCUACCAUGAUCUCUGGGCUACGAUGACUAUGGGUUGGGGUCAGGACAACUUCGCAAACAUGGACUUCAGUGGGCUUUGA